AUGGUGUUGUCGGUCUUGCCUGCAGGAAGUAAUGCAGCACGGAAAGAAAAGCCGCGCGCGCAAAUAAACGAGAUAGGUUCUCUGCUAGCAAGUCUCCGUGUUUUGGGGCCUACGCCGACAAGAGCAAACACGGGAAAGAGUCGCGAGAAUAAUGUGUCGUGGGGGAGAAAAGCGAUGAGGGACAAGCUCGAGGCCAACUAUCAGUUUCUCACAUCAAGAAAGCUCCUUUCCGAAACCUCCCGGGUCCAGAUCCGCUCCUCCUACUUUUCUCCCGUACUUAGCCGACGAAACGGGACGUACAUCCUGGAGAGCUAA